GGUAUGAUCUAAGCGCCGUUAAAUCUCAGAGUUUGACCAGAAUCAAUGGCCUGUUCCUCGAAGAACGUUUUCUGUGUUUCUGGGUUGAGCGAGAAUCUGCGUAGCUCGAAAACGAAAACUGAUUUAGGGAUUUGCCCCUCCUCUGUUUGUUUCUCAAAAUCCAGCGAUGCGAAUUCGGGUGUCCCUUCCUCUUUGAGCAAUGAAAUCAUGGGGAAACCCUUAGUAGCAAAAGGUUCGUGGGAUUGCAGUUUGAAAAGCCCCACUAAUUUCUCUGUUCAGGCAUCAGCUUGUGUAAGCCGAGCCCUUAGAUGGUGGGAGAAGACCAAAGCGCCUAAUAUGAUUGAGAUCCAUUCAGCUCAAGAACUGGUCCGUUCUUUGCUUGAAGCUGGCGAUUCACUUGUUGUGGUCGACUUCUACUCACCUGGUUGUGGAGGCUGCAAAACCCUUCACCCCAAGAUCUGUCAAAUAGCUGAGAUGUACCCAAAUGCAAAGUUUCUUCAAGUCAACUACGAGGAGCUAAAACCCAUGUGCCAUAGUCUGCACAUCCAUGUGUUGCCAUUCUUCAGAUUCUACAGAGGAGCAGAGGGUCGAGUCUGUAGCUUCAGCUGCACCAUUGCCACUAUCAAGAAGUUUAAGGAUGCCCUGGCGAAAUAUGGGACCGAGCGUUGUUGUUUAGGUCCACCAAGAGGUUUGGAUGAGACAGAGUUGGAAAAAUUGGUAGCCAGUGGCGAGAUACCCGCUGAAUCGCCAUUGUUGUACUCCAAGGUGAAGAAAAUGGAGGACAUGCUUCUGAAAAGUAAUGGUUUUUCUCUUGUCGGGGGCGAGGCAAGUGCUAAUAGGGAAAUUGAGCAUCAGGUUUUGUGCUGAUCAUCGCUUUGUCAAU